GUUGAGAUCUUUGCUAGAUCCAGCGACAGAAAUUCUCGAUCACAGUGUAACCUUGUACAGCUUGUGCGUAGCCGCGCGUUUCUCAGCCAAAAACCAAUCACCGGUGAUAAACUCGGUCUCCCUAGCGUCUUUUCAACGUUGCUUUACUUGGAUUCACUUGAGGCGGCGCCCAACUUCGGAAACUCCCUUGAUAUCCCUGCUGGGCCGUUUGUGCACCAAUCUCUGGUCUUAACCUAGUCUAAAACGCGGAACUUUACUGCCAUACAAAGUCCUCGCUAUAUCAAGGUUUCGUACCCCCAAUGUUGACUUCGAUACCCUUCCCAGCUCUGCCUUCUCCUCCAUCAUGGUUUCCUGGACAUAUGAACAGAUUUUCCAAACAAUUGCCUGCAUUGUUGUCUCGGACCGACGUGGUACUAGAACUGAGGGACUCGCGCCUUCCAUUGACAAGCAUUAAUACAAACCUGGAAGGAGCCUUGCGGAAAUGGAGGGCCGAACGCGGCGCUCAUAAUUAUCCACAAUCUCAUAUGGAGUCUUCCGCAUCACCAUCAAAAAUCGGAUUCGGCGGUCCUAUAUGUGAACGAAUAGUCGUCUUCAACAAGCGUGAUCUGGUCCCAGAAUGGGGCUUUGAACCUUUUCGUAGGGCUAUGGCGUCAAAGUUUCCGGAUCAGAAAGUAUUUUUUGCCUCUUGGAAUAAGCCUCGAGACAUCAGAGCGUUGAGCGAGCUGUUAAUAAAUACCGCAAAAUGUAGCCCACAUGCAACCGAAAUGAAUGUUCUUGUCGUUGGUAUGCCCAACGUCGGCAAGUCAACUCUGUUGAAUGCUCUACGGAACAUUGGCAUAUCUGGUCGGACUCCAAAAGCAUUACAGACUUCUGCAAGUCCGGGUCAUACACGAACUCUGUCGACACGGCUUAAAAUCUCUGAAGAGCCUCUGGUUUAUUCUUUUGAUUCUCCAGGAGUUAUGUUACCCUUUCUAGGGAAAGGCGAGAGGGGUGCAGAACGGGGCGUUAAGUUAGCUCUUAUCGCCGGUAUCAAGGAGAGCUUAUACGACGUCGAAGCCCUGGUUGCCUACUUAUUGUAUAGACUCAAUGUCUUAAAUCCUGUUUCUCCGGCCUAUCUUGAAUUGCUUCCACCGUCAACACCUCCUACGAAUGACGUUACCAGCUUUCUGGAACAAGUAGGUCAGAGGCUUGGGAUGUUGAAACGUGGUGGCGAGCUAGACACCGUGAGAGCCGCGAAAUGGUUCGUAAAGUGGUGGCGUGAAGAGGGGGGGCUCAUAUCCGCUUCGGCUCCACCAGUACUUUCUCUUGGUCCGGAGAGAUCGCAACCUUUACAAUCAACCCCUCUCCGUCGUGGCUGGGGUUUUGACUUCGAGUGGACGGUGGACGAGUCCCAAGACAGCGGGCUGGAUUUGAACUCCGUGAUACAGGGUAAGAUGGAAGAGUGCAUCGAUGCAUCCCUGAAGAACACAGCAGAAGAGGAACGACUAGGUGAUCGGAUCAGUUCUACUCAGGAGAAGAAGAGAAAUUGGCAGGAACAACAGGCGAAGCGAGCUGCUCGCUCAAAAGCGAAGCUUUCAGCCCGAAGAGCGUGAAGUUUCUAUGCCUACACGCCUUCUUCUCGGGCAUGUCUUAGAUAUCCGAGAGGAUCGAUCACAUGCAACAAUGUACAUAGCGCUGAUCAGCCAUUGGUUAGUUAGUCACGGACAAAAAAACUAUGGAUACACAUUAAAUUAGCAUAAUAUACACAACGUAACUAACAAGGUGUCUAGAAAUCCAAGUAGUCUCUCCCAGAUCCCCAAGGCUGCCCACUCGUACCAGUGGUACCAUAUGGGUCUUCGGUCACCGCACCUUCCACAUCCUUGAAAGAGAAUUCACGCUUGAAUUUAGCCUCCAAGGUAGAUAACGACCCUAUCAAUUUCGUGCACGCCUGUUCCAGUACGACUUGUGGCGUAACAGUGCCGUCCGUCUGUAUUUUCA